AUGUUGUCCAACCAAGGUUUUGGUGACUUUGAUAGACAUCAGCAUAGAAGUCCUAGUCCUAUGGCGUCUUCAAUGUCUAAUGUCUCUGCGACAGGAAUUGGUACAUGGAAUAAUCUUCAGCAGGAGAUGCACAAUAAUAUGACUCUAUGUGCGAGGUGUUUUGUUCGCGGAAGCUAUAAAGUUGGGACGAGUAAUACUGAUUUCAAGAGAGUGGAGAUAAGUGAGGAGACUAAGCCUGAUUGGACUGAGAAGGAAACUCUGAAACUUCUUGAAUGUAUUACGAAUUUCAGUGAUGAUUGGAAGAGGGUUUCUCAUCAUGUUAUUGGAAAGACUGAUAAGGAAUGUGUUGCUCGUUUUCUCAAGCUUACUUUUUGGGAUCAGUUCAUGCAUUCUCAACGCUUCGAGUCUGCUCAUCUCGCUGAUGAUAGUUGUUCUGAUCUGUUGAAGCCUUCCGUUAAUGCUGGAUGUGAAUCAGAAACUGCUGGCUUGGGUAAAUCUAGUAAGAGGAUGCGUCUCACGCCUCUUGCUGAUGCAAGCAAUCCUAUCAUGGCUCAGGCUGCUUUCCUUUCUGCUUUGGCAGGGAUAGAGGUUGCACAAGCUGCAGCUCAAGCUGCUAUGAGAAGUUUGUCCGAUGUUUACAAGUCAAGUUGA